GUGCUGUUGGGUCACCUCACAUUCUGUGCGCUGACCAAUCGUAGCAUGAUGAGCGUCUUCAGGAGUAUCUACGCGUUCAUAAAUAAGUACUACGCUACACCCAUGCCUUUGUGGGGCACGGCUAGACAGGAGAUGUCGACUGCAGCCUCUCUGUUGUUCUUGAUGGAUGCUUCGUGGACUUUACCUUGGUCCCCAAGCGUCGUGGCGACUGACGCCUCAGAGGGGGGGUUCGGGGCCACGGUCUCGGAGUGGGACACUCAGGACGUCUCGGAGGAGGAGAGCGAGUCUGAGCGGCCGUACGACGUCGACUCGGGUUUUCCUGAGGUCCCCCAUGCAGUACUCACGAGGGCCCGCUGGAGCACCCUUCUGGCAGGUCCGUGGAAAUAUUUUGACGAGGGCAUCUUUACCUUGGAAGCCAGGGCCCUGCUGUUGGGAUUCCAGGCGCUGGUGAGCGAGUACCAAGUCAGAAACGCGAGGGUGCUCUUCUUGGUUGACAACAUGGGGUACCCACUCAAAUGUGAUGAUGAGAGGGCCGACUCUUGGGCCGGCCCGGGCUGUUCCUCGGGCGAAAGCGCGGCCAGGCCUGCUGCCAGCGGGGUCGGCUUCUGCGCCCUCAACGCCAGUGGCUUCGAGGAGUUUGGUGGCGACAGUCUCGAGCAGGCCCCGAAGGAGCACAACGCGCCGGCCCUCGACGAGCUGAACGACGAGGAGGCCUCGAACGUGGUCGAGGAGAGCGACGCGACCUCCGACACGUCGAGCGCGGUGCAGUCGAAGACGGAGAUCCAGUACUGCGAGGCGGUGAGCACGUGGCGAGCUCGGGCCCGCGAGUUGGGCGAGCCUCUCGGCGUGGCUGCCGAGGUGGACGCCUCGGUGGCGCGGCAGCUUCAAGAGCUUUUCGACCAGGGCGAGAACCUCAGCAAGGGCGAGAAGCUCGUGGCCGGGUUGGAGCAUUUCCUGCCCGACAUCUGGGCGGCCAUCAUUUGGGAGCUGUGCCGUGCCAACUUCUGGAACAUGGGGAUCUACACGCUGCUCAUGCCGGUGACCUACAUGCGGCCGUCGGAGCCGCUGAAGUUGUUGAAGGAGGACCUCUUGGCACCAGCGCACGGACUCUCUGCCUCAUGGAUCUGCUUCGCUUUUCGGCAAGAGCGGGGAGUGGCGUCCAAGACGUACGCGACGGACGAGAGCAUCGACCUGAGUUGCAAGUGGGUGCCCUACCUGUCGUCGGUGGUGGCGGCGCUCCGGGCUGGGGACCCGAAGUCCAAGGUCUUCAACUUUACGUACAGCAGCUACACGCACCAGUUCAAGAUCGCCUGCAAGAAGCUCGGGCUGACGGCCGUGCCUUAUCAGGCACGGCACUCAGGCGCCUCCAUCGACUCCGCCAUAAAGUACCGCACGAGAGCCGAGAUCAAAAGCAGGGGAAGAUGGAAGGCGGACAAGUCGGUGUUGAGGUACGACAGCAAGGCCAAGAUCGUCGAGAGCGUGGACAAGCUGACCGGCUCGUUGGCGUCUCACGUGCACAGGUGCGAGCUCCAGCUCGGGGCCCUUUUGUGCGGCCAGAUCGACCCCUCGGCCAUCGCGCCGCCCUGCGGUAUCCGAGCCCGCCUGUGGGACAAGUCCAUCUCUGACUCUCUGGACCUCACGGUCCUGAAGAAUAUCCGGCGCCUGUGCUCAGAGGCUAAAAGCAAUAUGCUCGUGGCGGCCUUCAGGACCGGAAAUCUCCAGGCCCAAAGGAUCCUCAAGCUUAUCAGGUAG